GAAGAGGUAAAAAGAGGCAAUUAUCUGAAGUAGGCAAAAAUAGUGCAAUAAAGAAACUUAAAGAAAGUGAUGUUACCAAUUGGGAAAAGGCAUUUAAAAUGACUUUUCAAGAUCCUGGAAGCUAUAUAAGCUAUUUACAUGAAGAAAUUCAAUUUGGGAUUAAAAAUGCAAAUGCACAUUAUAAUUAUAUAGCACUUAUACAAAGCUCUGGAUAUGGAAAAAGCCAAGCUGUUGGAGAGCUUUCAAAAUUGAAUUAUUGGAUAUUAUUAUUCUGUUUCCGGUCAAAUGAAUCAUCAG